UGGAAAAUAAACUUCUUGGCGGUGGCGGCAGUCGGUGAAAUUUCUGGUGUUAGGUCAACCGUAUCAAGGGAAGAAAAUAACAUGGCUAUGUCGUCUGAGGAAUCUUGUUCAUAUCCAGAGGAGUCUGAGUUGGAGUUAGGCCUUGGCCUGAGUCUUGGUGGUGGCGGUGCAAAUUCUAAGACUAAGCCUUCGCCGGCGGCAGUGGAGGCUGCGAUGGCGGGUCAUUGGGGUCAAUAUGCUAGAAUCUUGACGGCUAAAGAUUUUCGCUCUGUGGUUUCUCCUAAAGAAUGUUCAUCUUCUUCAUCUUCAUCUUCUUCUAUGACAAAAACUAAUAAUAAUCCUUCCUGUGGGGUCAAAAGAACUGCUGAACCUUCUUCGCCACCUGGCCGGUCUGGCGCAAGCCAGGUUGUUGGAUGGCCUCCUUUAAGAAAUUACAGAAUACAAAGCUUGGUAAACAAUGCAAAAUCACCAAAGACUGAAGAAAUUACCCCGGCCAUUGAUAAAUGUAAAAACAAGACUACUAUUGUGGACAAGACAAAUUGUGGCAGCAACUUGAACAGAAAUGUUGCUAAGGAAAAAGGGCUUCUCAAAACUUCCUUGUUCGUGAAGGUGAACAUGGACAGGAUCCCAAUUGGAAGAAAAGUAGAUCUGAGUGCCCAUAGCUGCUACGAGACUUUAUCUCAAACAUUGGAUGACAUGUUUAAACUAAGUGCAGUAGUUGGUGCAAGACGUUCAAAUGCAGAGGAGCAAGUUAUAAAGACAAGACGUUCAAGAUUACUGAAUGGUUCGUCUGAGUUUGUGCUCACCUAUGAAGACAAAGAAGGAGACUGGAUGCUCGUUGGAGAUGUUCCUUGGGAGAUGUUUCUUAUCUCGGUGAAGAGGCUUAGAAUCAUGAGGACAGUUGAGGCUAAUGGAUUUGCCCCAAGAUCUAAUGAAAGGAACCGGAUACAGUCGAUGGCACCAAUAUAAAUUAUGUUCCAAAUCUUGUCAAGCAGAACGAAGAACAGAAAGAUAAAUGGAGAUACUGUGUGGUUGAAGAAUUUUGUUGAGGCAACUAUCGGUUUUGGUCGUCUUUGCUUGUAUGAUUUUGGUCACUUCUUUUUCGUGCUAUACACUUUCCACACAUCAUAUACACGCCACUCUCUGGGGAAGUCUUUUGGUAUACAAAACACAAGUGCUAGUUUUUCGUGUCAUAUGGAUACACAGUCUGCACUGGAAGUCAUUGUAACUAUGGGAGUUUCUGCUGGUUUUGUUCUGAUUUCUCCGCACCCACAAACUGUUGAUCUUAUCUUUGUUAAUGAAAGAAUACAUGUGCAUGGUUUUUGUACA